AUGGCGUGGGAGCUUAUGAAUGAGCCCAGGUGCCUCUCAGAUCCAUCAGGAAACACCAUGCAGUCGGUGCUUUUUGCGGACUCAUGCAUGAUCCAUUAUAGCUCAUUAACUCUGGUCCAUGGGUACCAUGGUAGCUUUUCAUUAAGACACUGGCUUCAACAACCCAACUGGCUUCCAACUUUAGAAGCAACUCUUGCAUUGGAUGAAGAGUCUGUCAGGAGGGUAGGAGAUGACUCAGUUGGGGGACCAGCAGUUUCUCGUCAGUUGAGGCUUAUUAGAAUAUUGAUGAGAGACCUAUUAAUUGGAGUAAACUACUUGCAUUGCCAUGGGAUUGCCAUGGGAUUGCGUAUACAGAGUUUGGCACUGUUGGCCAUCAAAUUUCCUUUGGCUUUACCACUGAUUAUAUGCUUUCUUAAUACAGGAUGCUUGUUGAAUCGAUGCAAUGAUGCUUGCUGA